GAGGAAUUGGAUUACAGCUUCCCAGCAGCUGGUCCUUUCCACGUGGCUUCACCUGAGCUGCACCCACUCUAUCAUUAUAGCACCUAUGUAGGGGGCAUCUUGCUACUCACCAAGCAACACUAUCGAAUGUGUAAUGGAAUGUCCAACCGUUUCUGGGGCUGGGGCAGGGAAGAUGAUGAAUUUUAUCGCCGCUUCAGAGCAGCUGGACUUCAACUCUUCCGACCCUCAGGUAUUACAAGUGGAUAUAAGACAUUCCAGCAUCUGCAUGAUCCAGCUUGGCGCAAAAGGGAUCAGAAGCGUAUUGCUUCCCAGAAACAGGAGCAGUUCAAGGUAGACCGGACUGGAGGACUGACUAACCUAAAAUACAGAGUAGAAUCACGCACUUCAUUGAGUGUGGCAGGAUCUCCCUGCACAGUUCUUAAUAUCUUGCUAGAAUGUGACUCCACUGAGACUCCCUGGUGUGCAUCUGGUUGAUGUGCCUUCUGUACAGAUUGGCUGUCUUGUUUGCUGCUCUACCAGCUCAUGGCCAGAAUUUGCAGCUCAGCUCUCGGAUGGCAAAUCCUUCUGUAGGAACCGACAACCAGUCUUAACUGCCAGGAUAACAUGGUUAAAAAGAGAACUGAGGAUCUACACUAGUUGAUGACGCAAAUGGCAGGGCAUUACCUCUUCUACAUGGAUACUGCGAGGUGGCAACAAAAACAGUGGUGAUGGAAACAUUAAAUAAGCCAAGUGCCUUUCUAUCAGCUAGAAGGAUAUUGUCUUAGGUAUCUUCAUCUCGACAAGCUGAAGAAACUGUGAACUCAGAGACACUAUAGGGAUUAAAUUAUUGUUUCUCUAGAUUUCUUUACCCAGACUAAAACUCAAAGGAGUGUUAGACGUUUGCUUCUCUUGUGAUAAUUAUAUGCAUACAUAUCUGCUCCAAAAUAUCCUUAUACCGCAUUCUUCCUCUGAUGCCUCUUGAAAGUGCAUACCUUGCUUUCUGACUCCACGAACUCAUGGCUGAUCAUCUUGGCUAAUCCCAUUUUCAGAUCUUUUGAACUGUAAAGGCUGUUGACUUACUGAAAUACAGCUAUUAAAACAAAUGGAUUGAAAGAAUACUAUAACUGAAAUGUGCGUGAACAGGG